AUGCUCGUGGGGAGACUCGUCCUCCUCUUGGCUUGGGCUGUGGUGGGCACGGUGGAUGAGCCAACCAUCGCUGUGGAUGGGGAGGGCACGCUUUAUAUCAAUUCGACGAAUCGCGUGGUCGUCAACGGUGUGGACGUGGUGGCUGUGCUGAAGUCAUUUGCUGUUUUUGGUUCCAACGCGUUUGCGAGUCACACCAUCACCACGACCGCCGAGCUUGCGUACUCGGUGUACGCAGCUGACCUAGACAACGACGAUGACCUCGACGUGCUAAGCGCUAGUGUUGGCCGAGGCCAGAUUGCCUGGUACCGCAACAACGGCGACGGCACCUUCUCCAACCAGAUGAUCAUCACCACAGACGCCGAAGGGGCGCGAUCGGUGUAUGCAGCUGACUUGGACCGGGAUGGCCGUGUUGAUGUUCUCAGCGCUAGCCAAGAUGACAACAAAAUUGCGUGGUACCGCAACAACGGCAAUGGCACCUUUUCUACAGAGAAUGUUAUCACGACGGCCGCUUAUGGAACGCGCUCGGUACAUGCAGCAGACUUGAACAACGACGGUAGCCCUGACGUCCUCAGUGCCAGCUUCAUUGACAACAAGAUUGCUUGGUACCGUAACAACGGCAAUGGGACCUUCUCCGAACAGCUCGUCAUUGCCACGGAUGCGGAUGGUGCUCGCUUGGUUUACGCAGCCGAUCUGGACGGCGACGACAACCUGGAUGUCUUGAGCGCCUGCUAUGACGAUGACAAGAUUGCAUGGUAUCGCAAUCACGGCAACGGCACUUUCUCCCCCCAGAUGAUCAUCACGACCGACGCCGAAGGCGCGCGUUCGGUGUACGCAGCAGACCUUGACAAGGACGGCGACAUGGAUGUCCUCAGUGCUAGCGCCAGCGAUGAUAAGAUCGCGUGGUACCGCAACAACGGCGACGGCGAUUUUUCCGACCAGAUCAUCAUUACCACGGCCGCCGACUACGCGGUAUCCGUGUAUGCGGCAGAUCUGGACAAUGAUGGCGACCUCGACGUCCUCAGCGCCAGCCACAACGACGACAAGAUUGCAUGGUACCGCAACAAUGGCCAGGGUGUUUUUUCCGAUCAAAUCAUCAUCACCACGGCUGCAGAUGCGGUGCACUCUGUCUAUGCCGCGGACCUGAAUGGUGAUGGUUAUAUCGACGUGCUCAGUGCCAGUGCUGAUGACGACAAAAUUGCCUGGUACCGCAAUCGACUGGGGCAAAUGUUUCCUGAGCUCUGA